GGGCAGCUGGAGUUUUUGACGCACCAACCUACUAUCCCACUGCCAACAACCCUCCCAAGUGCAUACUCCACCAUAGCUUCCUUCUUCUUCAAACAAUACCAAAAGAAAAUUCAAGAACAUGGAACAAAUACAGAACCAAAACCACCAAACCUUAAGCCAGUUCUCGAGGUACCAGUUACUAAAGAAAAUAACCCAAUUGUUGCUUUCAGUUUCAGUGUUUUCUUUGCUAUUGUCUAACUACUCUCGCCUUUCUUUUCUCUGUUCUUUCAACUUCUACUUCUCCUCUGUCCCUGUCCAGCUCUUUAGCCACACCAUAGAUAAGAACUGCAUAUUCCUCCUCUGUAAUGGUCUUCUAGUUUUCGUUGCUAAAUUCUCUGGUUUGGUUUGUUCUUCAUCCUCAACGUAUAACAACCGCAGUAGCAUUGAGUCUGUCAAGAACUAUGAAGAUGAUGCAGCCCCAUUAGUAUUGGACCAGUACUCGAAAGUGUCAUUGCUAGAGAAGGAAGAUUUGAUGGCUCAAGAAAAUGUUGCUGGGGAGGACGAAGGAAAAGAAAAUGAUGAGUAUAUCACUGGAGAAGUGGGAAAGAAAGAAACACAGCAGUUCAUUUUAGAAGAUGAACCAGACGAAGGAGAAAGUGGCUUCUCGAUUACUGCAGGAAAUAAAGAAGGUAGUCAAGUUCUCGUCGAAGAGGAUGAUGAUCAUCAAGAAGAGGUUAUCAAAGAGUUCGAUGACAAGUUUCCUGUUCAAGAAGAAGAAGAAGAAGAAGAAGAAGAAUAUGAAGGAGAAAAUGGUAUGUUAAGCACAGAGGAAUUAAACAAGAAAUUUGAAGAAUUUAUCAGAAAGAUGAAAGAAGAAAUAAGGAUUGAAGCUCAACAGAAAUUAGUCAUGGUUAAUUAAAUAAUCAUAUCAGAAGCAAGAAAUUAAGAAUUAAAUAACAACCACAAGAGAGAGCUGUCCCUUUGUCUCAUAUCAAGCUUGUAAAUUAAUUAGUUACAUAUUAUUUUCUUUUUAUUUUGCUAUA